AUCUGGAGCAGCCUUUCCUCAGGAGAAACAGAGGAAGCAACGGUGACCUGGAGAACAUCUUUAUAACAAGAUCCUCCACUCGCAUCACAGUACCUUGUCUAGUCACUGUGCCCGACCUCAACGUCACACUUUAUCUGUGGGAGACGAUACCUAUGCCCCUGGAGGAUGAGGGGAUGGUGUGGGACAGUAAAAGAGGCUGGUCUAUCCCUAGACAGACCUUAGACUCCAGACCUUUCCUCAUUGGGAUAUACUGCCAAGCGACACGACAAGGGAGACACUACCGCUCUAGCCUCUACUUGGUGCAGUCCACAGGAAGUCAGGUUUACGACUUCAAGCUCUAUCCAGAGGACUCGGUGGAGCUGUUCAUGGAGGAAGCCCUGACGCUCAACUGUACCGCCACUGUAGAGUUCAACACGCUCGUCGAGUUCCAGUGGUCCUAUCCUGGAAAACAGAUGAACAAUACAGUGGGCAUAGUGCACAAGCGUAAUUCUCUGUCUCGGUUCACGGAGGCAGUCAGCAUCCUGACCAUCCAAAGCGUCAACGUCACUGACACCGGCACUUACACCUGCUCUGCCAUCAGCAAGGACAAAAAAAUGGAUCUGGCAACGCAAGUCAUAGUGUAUGAGAAGCCAUUCAUCAGCCUAGACUACAGGAGCGGGCCGGUCAUCGAGGCAACAUUAGGACAGAAGUCCUUUAAACUGUUAGUCAAUGUGUCAGCAUACCCAAGACCUGACAUACAGUGGUAUAAAGGUGAUAAGUUGAUCAGCCGUCGUCCAGAGUUCAACAGGAUGCGUCUCCAUCAGCACUAUAACUUAGAGAUCAGAGACGUCCACCCUGAGGAUGCUGGGAACUACACCGUCCUCCUCAAGAACACCGCCUCCUUGCUGGAGAGGAGACUCACCAUCACACUCAUCGUCAACGUUCCCCCUCAGAUCCAUGAGAAGGAAACAGCGACACCCUCUAACCCGUAUAGUCGUGGCAGCAGACAGACCCUCACAUGUACAGGGUACGGACUCCCCGCCCCCAACAUCACCUGGCAGUGGAGGGCAUGGAGCCCCUGUGGCCUCAACAGCACCCAACGCCUGGAAGACAAACAUCCACACCUGAGUCGGAGGGAUCGUAAAGGGCGUAGCGACAGCGUCUCAGACUGUCAGAACUGGCAGGACCUGGACUCGCAGAACGCCGUGAAUAAAAUAGAAAACAUCGAGGCGUCAGUCGAAGUGGUGGACGGGAGGCAGAAGAUAGUCAGCAGGCUGGUGAUCCAGAACGCCAGUGUAUCAGUCAUGUAUAAAUGUUCUGCUGACAACAAAGUGGGUAAAGACCAAAGGCUGAUAUACUUCUAUGUGACCACUAUCCCAGAAGGUUUCAGUGUAGAGCUGGGUCCGUCUGAGGAACCUCUGGAGCAGGAGGAGGUGUCGCUAAGCUGCAUCGCUGACAACUACACCUACGAACAGCUCACCUGGUACAGACUGGACCCACAGGCGCUACAGGAUGAGAGUGGUAAACCCCUGGAGCUUGACUGUCAUAGUGUCCACCUGUACGCUGACCGCCUGGAUGGACAACUGACCUAUCAGGAGCGGUCUAACAGCUGGGUUCUGGAGAUGACUAUAGCUAGCAUCACACUACAGGACGAAGGGAACUAUGUCUGUGAGGUUCAGAACAGGAGGAGCCAAGAGAAACACUGUCUACGCAAAUACAUAUCGGUUAAAG